UCGGUUGAGUGCCAAAGAUGUCAUAAGAAGGGCCACAGGGCGAACGUGUGUCCGAUGAAGGAUCUAGAGUGCAGCAACUGUCACAAGCGAGGUCAUGAGGAAAGGAACUGUCGA